AUGUCCUCUCGCCUCACCGCCUUCGUCCUCGGGGCCCUGCCCCUCCUUGCGGCCGCCACCCCCCUCGACACUCGUGCCGCCGGCAAGUGCUCGACCGGGUCCCUCCAGUGCUGCAACAGCGUCCAGAAGGCGAACGACCCGGCGACGUCGCUCCUCCUCGCCCUCCUCGGCAUCGACGUCCAGAGCAUUGAUGCCCUCGUUGGGAUUACCUGCUCGCCCAUUACCGUCGUCGGUGUCGCUACUGGAAACUCUUGCAACGCCCAGGCCGUGUGCUGCAAGAACAACAAUGUCGGAGGGGCCGUCUCUCUUGGGUGCGUCCCCGUCACGCUCUAG